AUGUUUCGCAAAGUCGCUCACAGGCGACACAAGUCAAGUCCCCACCUGGCGGUCUUCUUCGAGACCGCGGAAGGCUUACCACUGGAAGCCCCUUUGCCGCCUGCGAGACCACAUACCUUUGUGUUGACCGGCUUGAAGCAUCAUUCGUCGUCAAGAUCGCUCAGAUCGCUUCUCGUCGCUUCACCCACCAGCCAAGCCAGAGCCAAACAGUCACUCGAAGGCAAGCAAUCAGUUGACAGUCGACUGUCUGCCGAGAGUAAGAUCAUACCCAGCUUCAGACCACUGAAAACUCCCCGGAUCAUGCCAGUCGACGAGACUGUCAACCAGACUCACAUGUCAUCACCGUCUCUCGUCGACGUGCGCACUGAUGAGGUCCAGUGCGCCAGUCCGACUACUAUCGGAGAGAUCCCAGACACGCCCAGCUCACCACUGGUAGCAGCCAACAAAUCGUCUGUCUGGUCAACAAGGUCUCGUCUCAGCAUGAUCAGAAAGUCAAAGUCUACCUUGUUCGAGCGCGCUGCACGGGCAGAGGCGAGCAGAGAGGCCGGUCCAUCGUCCUCUCCCCUUCCGAAGGACCCGAGUCUAUCUGCAGGUGCGGAGCCUUCUAAGAAAUCAUUCGAUAGCUCUGUUGCGCCUGCGCGAAGUGUCAAAUCGGUCCACAAGGAAACGCCUUGGAUCAUUUCGGUGCAGCCAUAUCAGAUCGCUACCUCCUCUAAAGCAACAGCGAGCUCAUCCAACUCGCCUUCGGAGGGCAAGAAGAGUCGGCUCAGCCUUGCCAUUGGCAGAACAGCGGAGCCGCGCGAUUCUGAUGCCGAGAAAGUCGACUUUGCGAUCCACGUGCUCACCUCUACGACGACCGGCACCUUUGCUCGCAAGUGGCAAAGUCUGCUUGAUUUAGACUCGCAGCUACGAGAGGAUCUGCCAGAGAUCGUCACAGCGGCUCGGCCCUCCAUUUUGCUGCUUGAUCUCAGCAAUGAGGCUCGCGAGACGCCUGUGCCAACAACACCCCAAGGGAGAUCCAAGAAAAACGUCUUUGACGUCUUCAAUCGCUCAUUGUCCAAGAAGGGCAGGCGUCAAUCCUCGCGAAUCAUCGAGUCUGACGAUCCGAUCGCAAAGCAGCUCUCCGCCAUCGCAUCAGAGGCUUCGCUGAAAGAUGUCAGUCUGCCAUCUGACGAGCAAGCUCGAGCUAUUGUCUACUCAGCCGUCCACAUGUCCGCCCUGAGCAUGUAUCUCACUGAUCUGGCUUCGCACGAAGCAGUGGCAAGACAUGCCGCAUGGAAAUCGUUCUUUGCGCCUCAAAGUGAAGACAUCAUCACCAAGCGUAAAGAGAAAGGCAUCAAGCGCAUGCGGAGCGACUUGGCAAAACAUCUCACUCUGCGCACAGCUCGCAGCGAAGAUGAUAGCAAAUCGCCCGUCUCGCCGCGCUCUAAAUCUGGCGAUCGCGCCAAGUCAGCUCGCUCCUCAGAUCUAGCCGACUUACCUGCGCCAGUGGUGCUCAAGUCAGAGGCAGAGCCAGCGACAGCGAGUGAGGUCCUGUCACCGUCUCAGAUGGAGGACACGUCCGAUGAUGAUCAAGCGGACGAUUCCGGUCGACUUGCGGAUUCUGUCAUUGCGCCAGAGGACGCCAUAGAGCUUUCUCAGGAAGUCAAGAGAAUGAACCUCGAAGACGCACAAAAUAUGCAGCCGUUCCCUUCGCCUGAGCCGGCGUCAAAUGACACGCCCGUUGAGCCCACACCGUCUGCCCCGCGCAAAGAACGCAAAGCCAACGUAGACGAUUUCGAUAUUAUUCGCGUUCUCGGCAAAGGCUGCGCCGGCAAGGUCAUGCUCGUGCGGAAAAAGAGGACAGAUGCUGUCUACGCUAUGAAAGCAAUACCGAAACAUCACGUUCUAGCGCAGCGAGAGCUCAAUCACACCCUCACAGAACAACGCGUCUUGCGCAACGUGGCCGAUCAUCAUGACAAUCCGUUCAUCGUCAAGCUGUGGUGGUCCUUCCACGACAAGGAGAAUCUCUACCUGAUCAUGGACUUUCAUCCCGGUGGUGAUCUUGCGACGCAGCUUGCGCGCUGGGGUCGACUCGGCCGCGACCGCAGUCGUUUCUACGCUUGCGAGAUCGCCUACGGCCUCGAAGGCCUACACGCUGCGGGCGUAAUUUACCGUGACCUCAAGCCAGAGAACAUCCUGAUCGCUGCCGAUGGUCAUUGCGUGCUCACCGACUUCGGGCUCAGCAAGCAAUUCGAUUCGCCUGCAGAAAAGACAGAGGGCUUGCCCCUCCAUCGGCAGACGACUUCAACUUUCUGUGGGACUGCAGAGUAUCUGGCGCCCGAGGUUCUCAUCGGCGUGCCUUAUUCGUACGAGACCGAUUGGUGGUCGUUUGGCACGAUGCUGUUCGAAAUGCUCGUCGGCACGACGCCCUUUGCCAGCGACGAUCAUGCUGCCAUGUACAAACGAGUUCUGCACGAGGAGCUCCGCUUUCCGGAAGAAGGCAGGCCAAUGGAUGUCGAUACCCGCAGCCUGCUGCGCGGUCUGCUACAGAAGGAUCCUCUGCUUCGCAUGAGUGAUGGCAGGAUCCGGAAACACGCUUACUUUAGCAUGAUCGAUUGGUCCUGUGUUGCGCUCAAGCGCUACAUUCCGCCCUAUACGCCGACGGUCAAGAAUGCCACUGAUAUCAGCAAUUUCGACGAGAUGUUCACAAGUCAAGAGGCAACAUCCAUUAUGGAAACUGCCUCUGACGCUUUCGACGGAUACUCAUAUCGCGCUGCACCAUCCUUCCUCGACUCGGAUUCGAUAGCCGAGUCAGUCAGUAUUGAGGCUCCGCAAGAUGCCAGGACGAGAGAUGACUCUGCUUACGCUAAGCUCACGGCGAGCGAGCCAGAUGCGACAGCGCCGUCUUCUUCGAGCUCACAGUCUACGCAACCGACUUCAGUGGAGCAGGCAUUAGCGUCGAGCGAGGCAGGGGCGACGCUCAAAUCGAAAGCUCCCGUGGUGUCUGCUUCAACGCGGCCAAGUACGAGUCGCGGCGCAUCCUCAUCCGCAGGCGAAGAAGACUGGGAUAUAAUAGAGAAUCCUGGUAAGGAUGGCAUGAACGCCAAUGCAAAGCACAGCAAAUCGAUGGGUCUCGUGGAUCGCUAUCGUCUGCGCGCAAAAGGCACAUCAGCAAAAGAAAUCAAACGCAAAGCUUCGAAGUUCAUUCAUCAGCUUGAUUCGACCCAAUUGCCAUCGCAAGAUGAAACACCAACGUCGAGCAUCAAAUCGAAGCAUACCUCCAGAUUCCUCGGUUUACGACCAAAAGGCACGAGAUCCAAGAGCGAAGGCAAGGUCACCCGUCGGAUCCCAGACUUUGCCCUUCGGGAUCAACGGUCGAUCAAUUCGACUGAGCGUCGAUCUGCUCCUCAGAGUCUGCGGACUCUGUCAAGCGGGGGCAGAUCGAGUACUGCGCUCAGCGAGAACGAGGAAGCUUGCAUCAAGAACUAG